AUGGAGGGAGUGAGCGCGCUCCUGGCCCGUUGCCCCACGGCCGGCCUGGCCGGCGGCCUGGGGGUCACGGCGUGCGCCGCGGCCGGCGUGCUGCUCUACCGGAUCGCGCGGAGGAUGAAGCCGACGCACACCAUCGUCAACUGCUGGUUCUGCAACCAGGACACGGUGGUGCCGUACGGGAACCGCAACUGCUGGGACUGUCCGCACUGCGAGCAGUACAACGGCUUCCAGGAGAACGGCGACUACAACAAGCCGAUCCCCGCCCAGUACCUGGAGCACCUGAACCACGUGGUGAGCAGCGUGCCGGGGCCCCGCCCCCCCGCGCAGCCGCAGCAGUGGGUGAGCAGCCAGGUGCUGCUGUGCCGCAGGUGCAGCCACCACCAGACCACCAAGAUCAAGCAGCUGGCCGCCUUCGCACCGCGUGACGAGGGCAGGUAUGACGAGGAGAUCGAGGUGUAUCGGCACCACCUGGAGCAGAUGUACAAGCUGUGCCGGCCCUGCCAGGCGGCCGUCGAGUACUACAUCAAGCACCAGAACCGCCAGCUGCGUGCCCUGUUGCUCAGCCACCAGUUCAAGCGCCGGGAAGCCGACCAGACCCACACACAGAGCUUCUCCUCCGCGGCGAAGGCCCCGGUCCAGGUCAUUGUGCUCCGCGCCCUCGCCUUCCUGGCCUGCACCUUCCUGCUGACCAUCGCGUUCUAUGGCACCAGCAACCCCUUCGCCCCAGAGGCCACCCUGCCCCCGGCCCUGCCGCCCGGUGGCAAUGGCUCGGCCACACCUGACAACGGCACUGCCCCCGGGGUCGACGGCUGGCAGCAGCUGCUGGGUCUGCUGCCCGAGCACGCGGCAGAGAAGCUGCGGGAGGCCUGGGCCUUCGGGCAGAGCCACCAGAUGGGCGUCGUGGCCCUGGGCCUGCUCACCUGCCUGCUGGCCAUGCUGCUGGCCGGCCGCAUCAGGCUCCGCAGGAUCGACGCCUUCUCCACCUGCCUGUGGGCCCUGCUGCUGGGGCUGCACCUGGCGGAGCAGUACCUACAGGCCGCCUCGCCCGGCUGGCUGGAGACGCUCAAGUUCAGCACCACAUCCCUGUGCUGCCUGGUGGGCUUCACGGCAGCCGUGGCCACAAGGAAGGCGACAGGCACGCGGAGGUUCCGGCCCCGAAGGUGUUUCCCGAGAGACUCGGCCGGCCUUUUCCCCACGAGCCCCAGCCUGGCCGUGCCCUGCCCGAGCGCCACCGGCCCUUCACCGUCUCUGUUCAUCCCCACGCCGCCCGGCUUCCUGCCGCUCGCCAGCCAGCAGCUGUUCCGCUCGCCUCGACGGGCCUCGCCCUCCUCGCUGCCGGGCCGCCUCAGCCGGGCCCUCUCGCUGGGGACCAUACCCUCCCUGACUCGGGCAGACUCAGGGUAUCUGUUCAGUGGGAGCCGCCCACCGUCUCAGGUGUCUCGAUCUGGAGAGGUUCCUGUUCCAGAUUACUUCUCUCUCCUGUCGGGAUGCUGUGCCUCGUCCCCACUCCCUUCCCCGGCGCCCUCCGUGGCCGGCUCCGUGGCCUCCAGCUCUGGCUCUCUGCGCCACCGCAGGCCCCUCAUCAGCCCGGCCCGGCUCAACCUGAAGGGGCAGAAGCUGCUGCUGUUCCCGUCGCCCCCCGGGGAGGGCCCCAACACCCCCAGCAGCUCAGACGAACACUCGCCCCACAACGGCAGCCUCUUCCCCAUCGAGCCGCCGCACGUCCCACAGAGAUCGCCGGCGCAGGACACGAAGCUCACUGUGGACAUGAGGGCGAUGCCAGAAAGAGGCAGUGCCUGCAGCAGCCGCUCCAUCAAGAAGGAGGAUGAUUCCUCUCAGUCCUCCACCUGCGUGGUGGACACCACCACCCAGGGGUGUGCGGAGGAGGCCGCCGCCUGGAAAGGUCGUGUUGGGCCCUCCCUGGUCCGGGGCCUCCUGGCCGUGAGCUUGGCUGCCAACGUUCUCUUCACUUCGGCCUACCUGUACCAGGUCCUGCGCUGACCCGCGGUCCGCGGCCCCCGGCGCCCGGAGGGGCCUGGAGACGCCCAGGUGCACGCUGCUUUCACCACUGCCGGCCUCAGAGCCCCCCUGAGGGGCUCCGCCAUCCUCGCCAGGGCCUUUGACCUCGCUGGGCCGGUCCUGCCUUCGGGACCCCUGCACCUCACCUGGCCGACCGCAGGGCUGAGCGUGUCCGUGGGGUCACUCUCCUCCCUGCCCGUCUCCUUGGCCGAGAUCAGUUGUGUUUGGUGCUGACCCUGAUCCUGAAGCCAGGGAUCCCCGAGGGGCCGUGGGGCCCUGCGGUCCCCUCCCUGCCACCCGGCCCGCCCGGCGGGAGUGCCACUACUGUAGCUACAGCGGGAGCUGGCUGCCUCUGGACCCUGUGCUGUGGGGCUGUGCCCGCAUCUCGUACUGUAUCUCCCCAUCCCUCUGCGGCUGCCUCGGCUUCCCUGGCGGGGGGUGGGGGAGGGUGGAGGGACGGUCCCUGUGUCAUUCGCUCUCGACCCUGCCCGGUGAAGAACAGACCCCUUGGGCAGGCCCCCUAGAGGAUGGGCAUCACCUGCCCGUGUCUCCCCCCGUUCUGCCAGCCCCCUGGCUCUCCUGGGUGGGCAGGCGGGUACUUGGGGUCCCCGGGCCAGGGCCCUUCGGAGUUCCAGUGUAAGCACCCUGCUGCCCCCGGCCAGCCUCCCUUCUGCCCGCUUGUGCCCCUAUUUUAUUACCUCUCGUGACCUUCCCGGGCAGCGGCCCGUUACCCCGAGAACACUACCCAGGGCCCACCCUGCCCCACUUCCAGGCCUGCGCUUCUGGGCCCCUCCCUCGCGCACCGCCCACAGGGGCCUUGCUCAAGCCCCCAGCCUGCACUGCAGGACGGGCCCCGUCAGCCUGCAAGUCUCCAGGGAGACCACUCCCUGCCCUGCCCCUGCCCCCCCAUGAGCCUGGCCCCUCCUUGCCCCUGAGACCCUACUUUUCUCCCUUUCAUUCUGCUGCCUCCAUGGGCUCCGUGUGGCCUCUGUUUCCAGGCCACCCGAGCUCUCAUUCCUUCCCACUCCGCCGCCCCCUCAGGCCCUGCCACUGCUCCUACAGCCCGGCCCCCUCCCCUCCCCACCCGUGCCAGGGUCCUGUCCUGCCCCCGAGAGGAGGAAGGAGGGCCCUUGGUCUGGCACAGGGAACCCCCCCACUGCUGUGAGGAGGGAGUGUGUGUGUGCAUGUGGCCGUCCGAGCCCCGCAGCCCCUGCCCCCCGGGGCCUCGCACACAGGUACCGGCAGCCUGUGUCUCACACGGGCAUGUGCACCCGGGGAGGAAUUGGCAGCCUUGGUGAAUCCUGAGACUUGGCGGCUGGGGGCGGGUGGUGGUGGUGAGGGCAAGAGGAAGGGUCUUUAUCAUUCAGGGAUAAAGUUUAAUUUUAUUUUUCUACACAUUUUUGCCAGGUAAGGCAUUUUGCUGGUAAGCAGGAUGCCCCCAGUUCUCCCUGCCAGGGAGGUUUCGUUUUUUUAAGCCUUGGGUGCUUUUUUAGUGAUUUUUUUUACCAUGUGGGGAAGGAGUCGCUCUGACUUUCCCUCGCUCCUCUUCCCCCCACUCCUGUCCUGAGAGCUGUUUCCCGCCCUGCCCCCCACCCCGGGACGUGGGGGGUGGGGGGGGCCGGGGGCCGCACCAGGACCCUGCGUCCAGCUGCCAGAGAUGAUUCCAACUGGAAGAUGGUGCUUCUUGGCCCCCAUUUGUAUAGUGGGCACGUGUGUCCAAGUUUUUAAAUUUUCUUUUUUGCCUAACGAAGCCAAACUCCAUUCCCUAGUACCCUUCCUCUGUGGCUCUGAGGAAGCCCCAAGAGUGCCCUCUCCUCUCCUCGGCCCCUCCCGCCGGGGACCGCCGGUCCCCGCACCCCGCAGGGGCCGGGGAGAGGCCAAGUGGGGAGGGGGGCUUACUUAUGUUUUCUCUCAAACAAAAAACAACCUUAUUUUUCUUUACAAAAGCAAAAAAAAAAAAAAAAAAAAAAAAGCAAAAAAAAAGGGAAACCAAAAAAGAUACCAACCUUUGAACUAUACCUUAGUCCGUCUCGUCUGUUCUGUUCACUGGGCGGCUCAGGCCUGGGGGAAGCGUCCUGGAAGUCAGUUCACUCCUGCCUUCAGUACAGCGUUUUGAGGGUGGGGCCCUGGGGCUUCUGGCGGCGAUGUGAGUGCAGCGUGCCGCCCCUGGAAGGCUCAGGGAUUUGAACGGGAGACCAGCUGCGCGGGGCAGGCCUGCCCAGGAGGGGCGACCAGAAGCUUGCUGAGCAGGGAGCCAAGGACCGCAUGAGCAAGGGCUCCGGCAGAAAGUGCUGACUGUCGCCGCAGAAAAGCCCAUCAUAACCAGCAGUCCCCAGCCUGACCCCAGAGCUACAGGGGCAACGGACCUUGUUUCCUGAGCCCCUUCGGGAUGGCCCCCUGGUCCUCCGAGCAGCUGGGGCUCGGCAUCGGCCCCCAGGUGAGCAGACCCAGCUUCAGGCCCAGCCUGGGCAGGUGCAGGGUGGGCCUGGAGAAAGCAGUUGAAGGUGCCGCGCUGGACAGAGACUGAGCCAGGAGACUGGGGACAGGGCCCAGGGGGUGGGCCUCCUUAGUGUCCAAUGUAUGAGCUCUGCUCGGGCUGCCCGGUGACCACAGGGUCUGUGUUUCUGUGGGCUCAGUUUAACUCCAAAGUAACAGGUGAGGGGAUGAUCAAACCGCAGCACAACGCAGGGGCACAGCCUCAAGGGGAGG